GUCCUCCAAGAGAUUUCUUGACUUCUCGCUUGGCCUUCCUUUUCUCGCUCUCUGCGCGCAUUCUCCUCUCUGUGGAUCCCUCUCGAAGGGAAGCUCCUCCCACAGUUCUUCCUCGCCUUCACGAAUAAGGCAGUUCAGGAAACGAAGAGAGAUCGCCGAGACUCGCCUCUCCAGCUCCUCUUCUCUCGGAAGUCUAUGCGCUAAUGCUUCUUCUCACUUUCUUUCCUUGAUCCCUGUUUGGCGUUCACCCCCUUCCACUGUGCACCUUCCCUUCCUUUCAACCUUUCGUUCCUCGUUCUUCCAGUCUUCUUCUCUCUUCCUCUUCUUCUCUUUCUCUUCUUUUCUUUCUUUUCUCCUCUCUUUCUCUUCUUUUCUCUCUCUUCUCCUCUCUUUCUCUUUUUCUCUUCCUCCUCUUCUCUCUUUCUCUUCUUCUUUCUUCCUCUUCAUCCCCCUUUCUCUUCUUCUCUCUUCCUCUUCUUCUCCCUUUUGUCUUUUCUCCUGGCGCUCUCUGAAAAGGGGCCGAAGUCUUGGAGAGAGCACAGCGCGCUGAAGGCCGAUGGAGGAGGGGAAACAUUUCUUUCCGUGUAUAAGCCGAAUCUGCAAGAUGAAGAGACACCCGAGUGCAGCGUCCUCUUUCUCGCCCGGGCGCCCAGCGAGCACAGGCGGGGUCCCUGCUCCGUUUUGGAGCUCGUCGGAAGAGACGAAAGAUCGAAGUUGGAGGAGAGUUUUUCAUCGUGCAACGUUGCCGCGCAUCCCUCGGUCAGGACUGGCGGCGGCUGCAGCUCUCUUCGUCUUGUCUCAGUCUCGACCUGCUUCGUCCUCAGCUCCCUCUCCUCGUCUCUCUUCUUCUGCGUCGCAGCCUCGUCGUCCUGUCUUGCGCGCAGGCGGAGAGGGUCUGGACGCUCCUCCUUCUCCUCCUCCAGCGAGCCGCGCCAGGACAGAUACACCUCUCUGCAGAGCCGCCUCCGUCUCCAUGGAGACACGACUCGAGAGGCGCAUGCAGUCUCGGAAUGCCUCAGCGGCGACAACGUCGUUGUUUUCUGGCGGAUCUCUCGCGCGGUGCGCCGGCCUUCAAGCAGGCGACGCCGAGACUGGCAGGACACAGAAGACGCAGCAAAUCCUCAUGUGGGGAGAUCGCAAAGCGCUGCCUGGGGGGGCUUCGAGCGACAUCGCGACUCCUACAGAGAUUGCAUGGUUCGCAGACCAAGCUGCUGCGCGAGCACCCUGGCGACAGAUUUCCUUCGGUCCCGACUUCGGUGUCGCAGUGAACGAGAAAAAUCAGGCGGCUCUCUGGGGGAGUUUCUCGCAGAAACCGGAAGCGCAGGAAGGAGACAGCGGGGACGCCGGAUCCGCGGAGUCGACGCUGCACUUUGUCUCGCCUUUCUACCUCGAUCUGUCCUUCAAGGUCGUCGACGCCCAGUGCUCAGCCGCAGAACUGUUUCUUCUUUCCUCUGACGGCCGAGUCUUUGUCCUCGACAAGCCGCACGACCUCUUUGCUCGCCUUGUCCAGUCUGCGUCUUCUGCGUCUUCUCCCUCUUCUCCCUCUUCUUCCUCUUCUUCCUCUUCCUCUUCCUCGGGCACCGAGCGCGGUUUGUGUGUUACGAAAACUGCCGACGGAACGCUGUCUGUGGCCUGCGGUGUGCGUCUCCUGAGCGGCCUACCGCCUGACCGCGAAGGUGCAGAGGCUUGUGAGGCCGCGGCAGCUGGCCUCGCAACGCGUUGGGCGAGAAGAGCGCUUCGCGCCCUUGGAACGCUCACAGGCUGGGCCGACUGUGUGGUGAAGAUGAAUGUCGGCGGCACGCAUGCAGCCUUCGUCACGCGUCGCGGCGAGCUCUACUGCUGCGGAGAGAAUCUGUUCGGCGAAUGCGGCGUGGAGCCGCGGCCGUUCGACGAGGCGAGUCUGCGCGUUAGCGCUCGCCGCGUGGACUUCUCGGAUGCCGACCCAGACAGGAUUUGGAACGGACAUGGAAAUCGCGAGCCUCAGAUCGUCGACGUCUCCUGUGGCCUCCAUCACACAAUCUGUCUCUCCAAAGACGGCAAAGUCUACGCAUUCGGGGACGACUCGAAAAUCCAGCUAGGCCUCGGAGACACGCGGUCGAACCAGCAGGGCGUAGCGGGCACUACGUGGAUGCAGCGAGUGAAGGGAAACAAAGUUUCCAUUCCUCGAGCUGUUUCGUACACUUACGCAGAUCGUCACCUUCAACACAAACCUGUCGCCGUUCUCCCUCCGACAGGUUUCCCUGGAAUCAAACAGUGCGCCGUCACUGCAGUCGCUGCUGGGGAUGACUUCUCUCUUCUUCUUUUUCAAGACGCGCAUCAGCCAUUCGCCGACGAACUCCUGAAGCGAAACGCCCUCUUUUGUUGCGGAGAAACGGCUCGCGGCCAGUGCGGCCGCACACUCCAGCAGCAGCAACAAGUUCUCUCUCCCGUCGUGUUUCCGCGCUCGGCCUCCGCGGUCACCUCGCCGUCUUCGUUCCUUGUCUCGUCUUCUCGGGACCUUCCUGGCCCAUCCUCGAUUUUCUGCGCCGAGAAAAUUGCAUGCGGCAGCAAGCACUGCCUUGCCCUCAUGGCCUCUGGAAAACUUGUGGGGUGGGGAUUCAACGCCCACGGACAAGUCGGCACCGGCGGCCGAGUUAAGGGGGCGAUUAGCCCCCCCCGGACGAUUGCUGUUGACUCCGAAGAAACGCCAGAGCUUCCGUCAAGCUCCGAGAAAGACAGAGAGACGCCCGGCACACUGUCCCCGCCUCUGCCGCGCUAUCUAGCCAGUGAAGAUGGCCUGCCGAAUUUUGCAAUUAAAAAUGUAUUCUGCAAUUUCAACGCGUCUGCAGCCAUCAGAGCACGCUGACUCCGAUCUGGUUCCUCUCCGCGUUUCUUUAGUGGCGGUAGAAUGUUUGUUCCUUCGCGCGCGCACUGCCUGAAAAAACUCUGUUGCUCCCCACUGAUGCAACCUUUGUGACAAUUAGGUUUUCGUUCAACUGUACAUCUGUGAGCGCAAAUGGGUCGCGCGAAAGUGUAAAUCUGGACGCUUCGACGUUGGCAUUCGUGAUGCACACACGCACAUAUGUGCAUGCACAUGAGGGUGUUUGCAUACAGAAUGUAUAUCCGGGUCCGUACACAUGCAUGCAUAUAUAUAUAUAUAUAUAUAUAUAUCCAAACCUAUACAUCGUAGAAAUAUAUAGAUAUGUAUGUUGCACAAUUGGGUGUGUGUGAAUGCAGGGGGUGUAGGCACCCGACGAAGCAUGCGAGCAGUGUGUUUUGUAUGGAAUGUCUUCAUCUUGUUGCACUUCUAUCUGGCUUCCUGAGGUUGUCGCGAGACACCAACACCGUGC